CACCCAUGAUAAAUCGCAAUGCAUUAUUGAUCAUCAUAAUUGCUCGGACAUGCGCAUUCCGCCUCCCGGGGAGUAAUUUCCCAACUCGAGGAAUUUGUUGUGAACAAGAAGAAGACGAAGAGGAGGAGGAGGCCAAUAAUCGCGGACUCUUUGGGGGGCUCCCGAUGCGUGGGCACCAUGUCGAGGCGCAAGCAGGCGAAACCCCAGCACAUCAAUUCAGAAGAGCAGCAGCACCCACAACUGCAGCAGCAGCAUCCGCAGAACCGGGAGACCCCCCCGCAGCUUGCAAAUGGGAGUCCACGAGACGUCCCAGGUGACAGAGGAGACGAAAUGAGUUCAAAAAGGUUCCGGAUAGAUGAAACCAACAUCUGUGAAAAGUGCUGUGCAGAGUUCUUUGAUCUCUCUGAGUUUCUAGAGCAUAAGAGAAAUUGCACUAAAACACCCCCAGUCCUAAUCAUGAAUGACAGUGAGGGAGCAAUGCCCUUGGAAGGCCUCUCUGAAAGCUCUUCAGGAACUUUCUCAGGCAAUCGGAUAAACAGUGUGACAGCCAAGGAGAGUCAAGCAAAGAGUUACUCUACUUCUAUGGAAAAGAGAGAAGAGAAAGUUGAAACCGAACCACUGGGAGGAAUGUAUCCAAAGACAGAACUACCAACUGCUCCUACAGCCCAUGGACUGAGCUAUCUCCCCAAAACCAAAGUACCAAACACUAAUGUGACUUUGCAGACUAUCCGUGGAACUAAAGUGGCAGUCAACCAGUGUACCUCAGAGAUGGUUCCUCCAUCAACGGUUGGCUCUAAUGCUAUUCCGAUGAUCCUUGAGCAGCUUCUGUGCCUGCAGCAGCAGCAGCUCCAGCAGCUCCAGCUCACAGAGCAAAUCCGCAUCCAAAUUGCUAUGAUGGCCCCCCAUGUCCUGCAUCCCUCACUAGCUACUGCUGCUACAGACCCCCUCAAAGCUUUAGGUGUUCACAUGUCCCAACAACUGUCAGCUGCUGUUGCUUUAAUUGGACAGAAAGCUGGGAACCAAAGCCUAUCCCUGGAAUCCUUGAAGCAAGGCAAACUACCUCAUUCAAAUGUUGGCAUUCCAGCCACCCUUUCCAUGGCCAGUGGAUUGAUGGCAUCACCUGGCAUCUCUUUAAAGCCUGAUGCAAGUAGAGGCCUAACAAAUUCUAUGUCCCGUUUCCCGAGCCCUUUGCUACCUCAAUCAUCCGGCUCAGUUAUCUUCCAAAAUCCUCUUUCAGCCAUCUCUUCAGUGGUUGAUCCCUCAAAAAAAGGAAAAGGGAAGGUGCCAAAUGUUAAUGUGUCUGAAACCAAACCACUCAUGGAAGUGGCCUUCUUCAAACACAAAUGUAAGUACUGUGGUAAGGUCUUUGGCAAUGACAGCGCUCUACAAAUCCAUCUCCGUUCCCAUACUGGUGAAAGGCCCUACAAAUGCAACAUUUGUGGCAAUCGGUUUACAACCAAAGGGAAUCUUAAAGUGCAUUUCCAGAGACAUAAAGAUAAAUUUCCUAACAUCAGAAUGAAUCCUCAUCCUGUACCUGAAGAAUUAGACAACAUACCCACAAGCAGUGGUAUACCCCAUGGAAUGUCUGUUCCACUGGAUGAAUCAAACUUUAUUGUGGAUGCCAAACCUGUAAUUAAUGCACUGCCUACCUCUUUAGGCUUACCUCAAAAUAAUUCCAAUUUAGUAGGGGGCAGAGAUAUUUUCAUUGGUGCACCUCUAGGUGAUCUUCAUCCUAGGCCUUCUCCAGAAAGUGAAGGAGGUUCCUCAUCAGGUGUAGCCAGUCAAGAAUCAGGAACUGAGCAGAAUAGGAAUUCCCCACAAACUGGCUGCAGCUUGAAUGCUUUCCAGGAAGGCAGAGCUGGUGAGCAAGGUUCUGAAACAACAAAGCUCCAGCAGUUGGUGGAGAACAUUGAUAAGUCAGCAUCAGAUCCCAAUGAGUGCUUAAUCUGCCACCGAGUUCUCAGCUGUCAGAGUUCCCUCAAAAUGCAUUACCGCACUCAUACAGGUGAGAGGCCAUUCAAGUGCAAGAUCUGUGGCCGUGCCUUCUCAACCAAAGGCAACCUUAAGACACAUUAUGGAGUACACCGUGCAAACACCCCAUUGAAAAUGCAACACUCCUGCCCCAUUUGCCAGAAGAAGUUUACCAAUGCAGUGGUUUUGCAGCAACACAUUCGUAUGCAUAUGGGAGGACAAAUUCCCAAUACACCAUUCCCAGAAAACACACAUGACAAUACUGAUGAGGAGGUUAUUGCAGUAGAAAAAAAUGGAGAUCCAUGUUGUCCAGAAAGUAAUGAAGAGUGUAUGGAUAUGGAAGAAGAGCUAGAGUCUCAGGAUGGGCCAAGCCAGUCUUCUAAACCACUUACCUCUUGCAGUUCUCAAGCUGAUCCUUCAAGCUCUGUUUUUUCCAGUAUUUCGGUGUUAGAAAACCAGAUGAAAAUUAUGAACUCAGCUUUGACUUUACAGCGGCAAAGCAGCCUGAAAUCCAGUGAUAAUGGUUCUGCAGAAAGUGAUGGUAUGACCAAUGACACUUCCUCGGUGGCAGGCGAUCCAGAGUAUCAAAAUGGUAGCCGUAGUCCUGUUGCCUCUGAAUCAGCUUCCUUCCUAACACUGUCUCCAGCCAACAGCCAGGCAGAGAGCAUCAGAUCAAAGUCUCCAAGUUGCAACAUCCAAGAAGAUGGUGUGGUGGGAAGUAAGGUAGAGGGUACUGAAACCCUUACCGUGGAAAGAGAUCGUGCUUUGGAUUUAACCUAUGGCAAUUUUGGCCGAAAAAUUAUCAAGGAGGAACCAGGAUUACAUUUCCCAAAUGGGGAGUAUGGCCGAAGCAAUGUCCCCACAGCUUUUCUCAGAGCACCACCAGCUCUUAUAAAAAUGGAAAUGCCAAAUGAUCGCCCUAUUAGCACCAGCCAUUUUAUUAGCCCUCCUGUGUUGUCACCUGGUGUGCCUCCCCUUCUGGUGCCACUUCCUCGCCGUACUGCUAAGCAACACAUAUGUGGAACAUGUGGAAAGAACUUCUCAUCAGCAAGCGCUCUUCAGAUCCAUGAGCGGACUCACACGGGGGAAAAGCCAUUUGUAUGCAACAUCUGUGGAAGGGCUUUUACCACUAAAGGAAACCUUAAGGUCCAUGUUGGAACCCAUAUGUGGAACAACUCUGCCCGACGUGGAAGAAGACUCUCUAUUGAUAACCCCAUGGCAUUGCUCAGUAGCGAUCCAAAGAAAGUGCCAGAGAUCUUUCCCAAGGAUGCUGUGUCUCCAUCAGUCAACCUCGAUCCUACAGCAUGGAACCAGUAUGCUGCUGUGCUCAGUAAUGGCUUAGCCAUGAAAACCAAUGAGAUCUCUGUGAUCCAGAGUGGAGGCAUUCCUUCCCUCCCAACCACAAUUGGGGGAGGCCCAGCAAUCAAUGUUGCAGUGAAUUCUUCCACAAGCUCCAAGAUGGAUGGUUCCCAGUCUGCUAUUGUUCCAGUAGCCCAGAUGGAGAAGCCCAGUAGCACUGCUGCAGACGAUAUGCCAAAACACCAGUUUCCCCACUUUAUGGAGGAAAACAAAAUCGCCGUUAAUUAAAAACCCAGAAAACUUGAGAGAGAAGGCAGAAGAAUUUUUUUAAAAGAAAAAAACUAUAGAAGCAUAUAUAUAAAUAUAUAUUUUUAAGAAAUUACACCUCAAGUAUCCUUAUUUUCGUAUUGACGUGCAAAUAAUUCUAUGGUUGUCUUUGUAAGAGUUGCCCAGAGUACAAUCAUGUUCCUGCUUUGCAGAAAACAAAAGAAAAGCCAGUGUAGGAUUCUUCUGUCUUUGGAAAAAUGCGGGUCUUGCAAAGUAGUUCUCACAUGAAUGACUUUAAUCUGUAAAACCUGAGACGUUUUGCAACAUGAAAUCCCAAAGGUUAUAACAUUUACCUCUUUUGUUUUUGUUUUGUUGCUUGCGUAAAAACCAUUUGUGGCUUUGAGGAGAGUGGACUCAAAUCUGUAGGUCAUUAAGGGGAUGUGGCAUUCCUGGAAUUCAUGACUGAUAAUGUGGAAGCUUAUUAUGCGGGUAAAUAUCCUAGAAUGCCACCCUUUUAGAGUAGAACCUAUUUUUGUUUGUUUCAGAUUCCUUUUUAAAGAAAAUAUAUGGUUUUGAAUGUAAUACAGCUCUAAUGCCGGUUGGACACAAGUCUGAUCUAUUCAGAUGAAUGCCGUUUAAAAGCAUAAUCACAUUUUUUAAACUGGCACUCUCAGUUGCCUAUGAUAAAUCCUAAAUCACAGGUGUUGAUGACUGCUGCUUAUUUAAAUGCUUACAUGGACAUGUGCUGUGGGUGUACCAUCUGCAUAACAGUGCCAGAAUCCUGAGUUUUCACUGCAAUGGUUUCCCCGCAGUACACACAAAGGAACAUGGGUCAUGCAUCAAAAGAGAUUCAAGACCAGGAUGCAUGAAAAAAGCAUGGGGAAGGAUAUUUUUGUAUAUACUGUAGAAAGGGAAUCAAAUCCUUGGGAGGUGUUUUGUUUUUUGUUUUUAACUUUUCCGCCAGGAAUCUCAGGUGACUGUGUUUUGGAAACAUUUCCUUUAGAGAGAGGCAAACUUUCCUCCGCUGGAGCAUUUUGGAUCUUCAUAGAGUUCCCUUUCCCACCCUCCAUCCUUAAGAGAUGAGUUUUUCUCAAUUGGGUAUUUGAUAGAAAAGACAUGUUUUGUGGGUGUUGCAUUCUUUUGUUCUAACAUUUUCACUUUAGAAAUUUGGGCUACAAUCCACCCAGAUGUUUACCUGUACCAAGCUCCAUGUUCUAGUGCAGCGCAUCUGUCUCAUUUCAAUGGAAUUUGCUCAUGAGAAAUUCUUGAGAGGGGCCUAAGUUUCCUGUUGGACUUUGUGUGUGUUUUCAUUAGGGGCGACCAAAAUGAAAUCCUGAUUGUGUUGUAUUGUAUGAAGGUUACUGGGACAGCCCUCUGGAUUCUUAAGUUAUCUACCUCAUUAUUAUUAUUAUUAUUGUUAUUACUAUUUUGUUAUUUUGUAGUGCUGAGUGUCUAUUUUUCUAUAAAAUAACCACUGUAUUGUACUUGAGAUCCAAGCAGAGGCUACUGUGCACUAUUUGAACCAAAACAUGAUAUACUGGUAAGGAUAUAUGAAUAUGUUAUGCUGUGUGUGUUUGUGUGUGUGUAUCGGAGGGUUGUUUUGUGUUUGCUCUCCUACACCUUUCUUUAUAGCUGCAGGAUCUCCCAGUGUGUUGAUAAAAAGCUACAUUGGAAAAUGUAACGAAACAUUUGGUAUUAAAAGGACUUGAAGAAAAAUAUGACUUUUUUCUCACUUUAAAGUCCAGUUUUGCUCAUGUGGAAGGCUCAUGAAACUAUGGAUUUAAUUUGUAUUAUUUUAAAAACCACCUUGCUUGUGUAAUGCUGUUGCACCUGUAUUAUUUGUGAGUAUGUGUUUGUGUCCAAUUGUUUUAUUAUUUUAUUUUGCUUAGGAUCAGUUUUUGCCAAGUUGUGCCUUUCCUGCUGGACUUUGUAAAGUAAGAAUACAAUCUGUUUACACUGUAAAGUGGAUCUUGUUACAUGGAACAUGCCAAAGGUGCAUCCCAAGUGUCAUGUCUGCAUUGUGAAUGUAGGGACUUUGUAAGCAAGUUCUAUGUAGUUUGGUUUUGGUUUUUUUGGUUUUAUUUUUUUGUUUUUGGAUGAUCUACUGAUGCAUUUCUGUUAAUGAUAUGAGAAUAAAUCUGGGAUGAAUUUUUCACA